AUGCCAAAUAAAAAAAGAAAUAAAGAUUUAAACAACAGUGAAACUGUUCCAGAGGAGACAGGUAAAAGAAAAAGAAAAUCAAUUUAUGAUUUGGAAACAAUUAUAAAACCAAACCAAAAAUCAACAUCUGUUCCAAUUGUUGAAAGAGAAACACCAUUUAUAUCACAACCACCACCAACUACCAAUAAUGAAAUUUCUCAAGCAUUUAAAGAAAUUUCGAAUAAUGAUGUUACAUUCAAAAAUGAAGAUUUAAUAAAUAUUGAAUAUUUAAAUAAUUGUAAUAAAGCAAGAUUGGAAUAUAUUUCAAAUACAAUUGGAAUUCCAGAAAAUAUAAUUAAAAAAUGUGAUUUUCGUGGUCUAAUUAAAAAAAUCAUUGAAAUUGGUAUUAGUCGUUAUCAAUUUAUAAAUCAACAAGAACAAAUUAAUAAUAAUAAUUAUAAAAAUAAUAAUAAUAAUAAUAAUAAUAGUAAUAAUAAUAAUAAUAAUAAUAAUAAUAAUAAUAAUAAUAAUAAUAAUAAUAAUAAUAAUAAUAAUAAUAAUAAUAAUAAUAAAAAUAAUAAAAAUGAAAUUUUAUUUUGGAGUGUAUGGAGAAAUUUAGUAUUGAAAAAUACAAUAUUAUCAAACUUUUCACCACAUCUAUCAAUUAAAUAUGAUUCUAUUGUUAUGGUUGAUAAAAUGAUAAAUAAUGAUCAAUUAUCAAUGAUAAAAGAUAAAGUUAAUAGAAAUCAAUUUUUAAUAUUUAGUAGUGGCUCAUUAAAAAAGUUAUAUUCAGUAUUUGGUAAAGAAGAUGAGGAAGGAAAUAAUGAAAAUACUCGAUUCUUUUUUAAUUUAUUUAAUAAUUAUGGUGAUAGAUAUAUAAUUGAUUGGAAAUCAAAAGGAAAAUCAAAUUUAAUUAAAUCAUUAAUAGAGAAUAAUUCAGUUACAGGAAUUUCAACAUUAGUCAAUAAAUUUCAAUUUGAAAUUAAUAUAAAUGAAUCCAUCACACUUGCAAUUUCAACUGGUUGUUCUUUAAAAUUAUUUAAAUAUCUUUUUGAAUUAUUUUUAUUUAAAACUACCAAUAAUUAUAAUAAUAACAAUAAUAAUAAUAUUGAAAAUAAUAAUAGUAAUAUUGAAAAUAAUAAUAGUAAUAUUGAAAAUAAUAAUAAUAAUAAUAAUAAUAAUAAUAAUAAUAAUAAUAAUAAUAAUAAUAAUAAUAAUAAUAAUAAUAAUAAUAAUAAUAAUGAAAAUAAAUCUAUGGAUUUCAUUUUAUCAAUAUUUUUAUCAUCUCCUAAUAAAAGUAAAAAAGAAUUAAUUAAAACAUUUAAAAUGAUUUUAUACUUGAUGGAAAGAGAAAUAAUAAAUUUAAGACAAUAUAAGGAUGAAAUUUUAAAAAAGAUAACAACAUUAUGUCCAUUAGUAUCAUUAUUUAGAUUAAAAGAUUUAAUUAAAGUUAUUAAAAUAAUUAAUUGGUUUAAUAAUAAUAAUGAUAAUGAUAAUUCAAAUUUAAUUAAUAAUGAAUAUUCAAUUUGUCAAUUAAAUGCAAAACUUGUUGAUCCAACAAAUUUUAAUAAAAAAAUAAAUAAAUUAAAUAUUAAAGAAUUAUUAAAUAUUUAUUAUAGUAAUAGAAAACAACUAGAUUUUACUUCAAAACAAUUCUUUAAUUAUUAUUAUGGUGAUGAUAAUGAUAAUGAUGAAAGUAAUAAGGAAUCUCAAAAUUAUACUCUUUUUGGAAACUUUUUAAAUCAAGUUGAUAGACAAGAAAGUGAUAUAGAAUUUAAGCUUACUCAACCUUUACAAAAUGGUGAUUUACAUUUAUUUAGUGAUUGGUUAUAUAAUUUUAAUAAUAAAUAUGAUCAUGAAUUUUUUAAAACAUUAUUAGAUAAAAAUCAACUACUUAAAAAUGAAAAUUCAAUAUUAUUUUCAAAUUUUAAAAAACAAGAAGAUCAAAUUAAUUUUUUAAUUUCUUGUACUUUAGUAAUAAAAGAAAUUAUUAAAACAAAUGAAAACUCAAAUUUCAUUACAAAUUUUAUUGAAUCAAAUAUUUUGUUUUUAUUUUUAGUAAAACAUGAUUCAGUGGAAUUAUUUAAACAUUUCUCAAAUCAAUUCUCUCAAAAUGAAAAAGAAGUUGUUUUUUGUUUUCAUGAUGAAUCUCAAGAUGAAAUACUUGAUUUCAAUAUUUGCAAAUAUAUAAAUUCUAUUGAAAUGUUAGAUUUCAUUUAUCAAGAAUUUCAUCAUCUUUUUAUUUAUUCAAAGUAUCCAAAUUUUUUAAAUUUUAAAAAUUUAAAUUUAUUAAAACACUUUGAAAAAUUAAUAAAUUCAUCAAAGAAAAAUAAACAACUACAACAACAACUACAACAACAACGACAAAUUAAAACUCAUUAUAAAGAAAAACUUUAUUUAAUUAAUUUUAAAGGUAGUUUUAAAUUAAAUUUUGAAACUUUUAAACAUAUUGUAGAAAAUCCUACAAUAUAUAACUAUGGUUCAAAAAUUUUAACACCAAUUAUUACUGAUUUAUACCAAGGUAAUAAUUGUAAUGAAGUUGUAUGUUUAUUUAAACAUAUAUUCAAUACAAAUAUUUUCGAUAGUGAAAUGAAAUCAAGAAUGCUACAAGUUUCAAACUACUUUUUAGAUUCUGACGAAAAACCAAUUUUAUUAUCAAAGUUUUUUGAAUGGUUAUAUGAAAAUAAACAUUUUACCCCACCAAAAGAUGUACCAUUCAUUAAAAAAUCAAGUUUUGGUCCAGGUUUCGCUUCAUCAUCAUCGUCACCAUUUGGAGGAUCUGGUACUAGUAGUACAGUUGGAUCAAGGUUUGCUAGUUCAACUUCAUCAUCAUCACCAUUUGGAGAAUCAGGUACUAACAGUACAGUUGGAUCAAGAUUUGGCAGUUCAACUUCAUCACCAUUAGAAGGAUCAGGUACGAGCAGUACAGUUGGAUCAAGAUUUGGUAGUUCAACUUCAUCAUCACCAUUAGGGGGAUCAGGUACCAGCAGUACAGUUGGAUCAAGAUUUGGUAGUUCAACCUCAUCAUCACCAUCAGGAGGAUCAGGUUUUAGUAGUAAUACAAAUGGACCAAUAUUUGCUAGUUCAAAUGUAAUUCCAAAUCCAACAACCAUUUUAAAUAGUCUUCCAGAUAUUAUUUGCUUUUAUUACUUAUCAGGUAAACUUGAUGAAAUCGAUGAUGAAAUCUUUAAUUUUAAAAACACCUAUUCUGGAGGUAGGGAUAUGUUUACUUCAUUUUUAUAUAAACUUGCAUAUUUUAUUGGUAAAAGAGGUGAUUUGAAAGCAUUAUCAACUGUUAUUAGCAGAGCAACAGAUAAUUUAAAACCAUUCCCAAAUUCAAAUGUUCCUGAAUAUAAUGCUGAGUUUAAUUGUAUCAGAAAUUUCAUUUAUUCAAUUUUGGAAACAGCUGCUUAUAAUGGUCAAAUCCAAAUAUUCCAAUAUUUUCAAUAUCAUCAUUGUCAUGUUUUGCAAGAAAAUGCCAUCGAAUGGUUUAGAGAAGAUAAACUUUUAAAUUUAAUUAGAACCUCUUUAAAAAAUGAUCAUAUUGAGAUUACUCAAAUAUUAUUAUCACAUCUCUAUCUUUCAAAACACAAGUUUUUAAAUAUUUACUUUAAUGAUAACAUUUUUAAAACCAAGAUUUCUUAUAAUUAUUUUUGUGAACUAUUUAAAUAG